AUGUUUACUUACACAGCAAGAAAAUUCGGUCUGCUGCUACUUGUAAUUUCACAGUCAACUGUUGAAGCACUUGUAGGUGUUGAUGAAUGUCAGGUAACACCAGUUAUUCAUUUACUCCGAUAUCCAGGAUGUUUGCCGAAACCCAUACCAAGUUUCGCUUGCACUGGACGAUGUAGCAGCUACUUGCAAGUUUCAGGCUCAAAAAUUUGGCAAAUGGAACGAAGCUGUAUGUGUUGUCAAGAAAGUGGCGAGCGUGAAGCGACAGUGGCCCUCUAUUGUCCGGAAGCUAAACCCGGCGAGCGAACAUUCAGAAAGAUAACGACAAAAGCACCACUAGAAUGUAUGUGUCGUCCAUGUACAGGCGUAGAAGAACAUUCAAUAAUACCACAAGAAAUAGCAGGAUUCGAUGAAGAUAACAUAUUGACUUCUUCAGCCCACUUUUUACGAUCAUCAGAUAUUGAUUAA